AUGUCCGACGACACCCCCACCACCAGCCCCGACGGCGCCGGCACCGGUACCGACACAUCAGAAUCCACACAAUCCACAUCUCCACCGUCCGAUUCCCCCUCCAAAACCCAAUCUGCCAUCCAAUCACUCUCCUCCAUCCUCCCCUCAACCCCUCCUCCUUCCCUCUCCUCCGCUUUCUCUCUCCUCCACGACCCCGAAGUCGCUGCCCAAAUCUCCUCCCUCCUCCGCCACCCCAACUCCGGCGCCGGCGAAAACAACCUCUGUCGCUGGCUUUACGACACCUUCCAAUCCGGCGACCCGGACCUCCAGCUCGUCGCCCUCCGCUUCCUCCCCAUCAUCGCCGGUGUCUACCUCUCCCGCGUCACCCUCCGCAAACCCCUCGCCGGCUUCGAGGCCGUCCUCCUCGCCAUCUACGCGCACGAGACCACCUCACGCGCCGGCCAGCCCAUAACCGUGAACGUCCCCGACUUGUCGCAUCCGAGCGUCUACCACGAAUCCAAAGCACCCAUUAAAAACAACGCCACGGAGCUCAACCUGGCGGUUCUUUCCCCGACAUUGGAGCCUCACGGAACCGUCCGGUCCACGAAACGGGCUCGGAUCGUUGGGGUGGCGCUGGAGUUGUAUUACAGCAAGAUAUCUCAGAUGCCGGUCGGGUCGAAGAUUGAUUUCUGCGAGUUUUGCGUUGGUUGGUCCGGACACGUGUACGAGGAAAACGACGGCGAAGAGACGGAGAGGAUGGGGAAGGAGGGGAGGAUUCCUUUGCCAUGGGAGUUACUGACGCCAGCGCUGAGAAUUCUGGGUCAUUGCAUUAUGGGGGCGAGAGAGAAGACGGAGGUGUUUGAUGCGGCGUGGGCGGCGUGCAGGAGUCUUCACGCGCGGUCGAUGCAUGAUAUCAAUUCUCGGGCUAUUCUGGCCACCGGAAGUCUUCUCAGGCUUGGGAAGAUGGAUAUGGAGCCAACCCAGGAUUUUGACCCGACCGAAAUUCCUAAGUCCGAUGUCCUUACCACCUAA